ACACCUUUCUUUGUUUUCCCUAUCUCUGUUUCUCUAUCUAGGGUUUCCUGCAUCUUCUUUUUUAUUUUAUAGUUUGACAGCAGUCAGUUUCCAACUAGACGAAAAUGGCCGACGAUAUUCAGUACUCUUCCGGUGGAGAAUUGGUUAACAACAAAAGGAAGUACGAAGUCGACCAGUCACCGCCACCUCCUCCUCGUCGUGUCACUGGUUUCUCGGCUCCUAUUGCAUCCCAGUCGCCGGAUUCAGCCCCACUGCAGCCUUCUUACAACACCGUUCUCCCAAUCGUCGAUGGCGUUGAGCUCGCAAAGCAGAAGGCUCAAGAAAUUGCUAAUCGCCUCUACAGCAACGUCGACCAGAAGCGUCCUAGGGUUGAGAAUGGCGGCGGCUUUGAUUCAAUGGACGGUGGAGGGAAUAAGCCUGUGGUUCCAAUGAUGACUCCUCCACAACAAGCUUCUUCUUACAAUAAUUACCAGGGGACAAGCAAAAAGAUUGAAAUUCCUAAUGGAAGGGUUGGUGUAAUUAUUGGAAAAGCUGGGGAAACCAUCAAGUAUCUGCAAAUGCAAUCUGGUGCAAAGAUUCAAGUAACAAGGGAUGUAGAUGCAGACCCAAACUCUGGUUCCAGAGUGGUUGAGGUGAUGGGUAGUCCAGACCAAAUUGCUAAGGCUGAACAGUUGAUUCAUGAAGUUAUUAAUGAGGCUGAUAAAGGGGGUUCUGGAGUAGUUUCUAGAAGGGUAAAUGUUCAACAACCUGGUGCUGAUCAAUUUGUGAUGCAAGUUCCAAAUAACAAGGUUGGUCUUGUUAUUGGCAAAGGAGGCGAGAGCAUUAAAAACAUGCAGGCUAGAUCGGGAGCUCGUAUACAGGUCAUUCCUUUGCACCUUCCUCCUGGUGAUACAUCCACUGAAAGAACAGUACAAAUAGAUGGUACACCGGAGCAAAUAGAGGCUGCUAAACAGUUAGUCAUUGAAGUAACCAGCGAGAAUCGAUCUAGAAAUUCAGGAGGUUAUCAACAAGGUGGUGGCUACCAAGCCAGACCUCAGUCUAGUUGGGGGGGACCACCUUCAAUGCAACAGCAGCAACAACAACCUGGUUAUGGUUACAUGCAACAACCUGGAGCAUAUCCUGGUGGCCCAUCACCCCAAUAUAACAUGUCUCAGGCUUCAUAUUCUCAAUAUCCUCAACAAACAUCUUAUGGCGCUGCCGGUUGGGACCAGUCAUCUGCCCCUCAAAAUCAGGCUGGUAGUCAGGGAGGAAAUUACGAUUACUACAACCAACAAACUCAACAGCAGCAGCAAGUUUCAGGCGGUCAACCCGGUGGCCCUGCUGAUGCUUCUGCCGGUUAUGGUUAUGGUCAGGCACCUACAGCUGCCUCUGGCUAUGGUCAACAAGCUUAUACUCACGAUGGGUAUGGUGGUUAUCACACUCAAUCUGGAUAUGAACAACAGCAACAGGGGUACAACUCUGCUCCUCCUGCUUACGGAAAUGGAGGUGGCGGUCAAGUGGAUGCCAGCCAAGCACCGCCGCCUGCAGGCACUCAGCCACCAGCUAACCCUAACCCCAAUCCUGCUAGUUAUCCAGCACCUCAAGGAUCAGCUACUGCCGCUGCUGCUGCUCCUGCCCAAGGAGGAGGUUAUGGAAUUCCGACACCCCAAGCUGCUGCCGGUGGUUAUGGAACUCAGCCUGGUUAUGGUUAUGGUCCGCCUCAAGGUCAAAAGGGUGUUCCUGGUCAAUCAGGCUACGGGCAGUCCCCUAGUGGUGCUGCUGCUGCCCAAGUAGGAGGGUAUGGUCAAGGUUAUCCUCCACAAGCUGGUUAUGGGGCAGCACAAAGCGGGUAUGGAUCAGCAGCGUAUGGGGCUGCCCAAGCAGGUUAUGGACAGCAACAACCGGCGGCAGCGUAUAACAGUUCGUAUGGCGGUGCAGGUUCCCAGCCUCCUGCUUAUGGUGGUGAUGGCACGGGCGGUGGGGCAACACCACAGCCGCCUGCUCAGGGUGGGGCCAAACCUUCCCCCAAGAGUUAAAAAAGGGGUUUUGUUGGAAUAGUAGUAGUUAGUGGAUGAUCAGAUUAUGUAAUGUUUUUAAUGGAUUUCGACAUGAUUCUGUCUGGUAUGUCUUUUUAUAUGUUGUUGGAGACUCUUUUCACUA